AUGUACAAAUAUUAUUUUCUUACAUUUCUAUUAUUCUGGCUAGGCUCUACUGCACCACCAGGGUAAACUGCUUGCUCUGCUGCUAAUUUCCCAACUGAAGCACUAUGUAAAGCCGCAGGUUAUUGUAAGUGGACUACCUAAUGCGAUCCUUACACUGUGGCAGCUGACUGUUAUAGAAUAAAUGAAAUUGGAGCUUGUCGUCCAAGCGGUGUUUACUCAGGAACUUGCGCACCAAUCGCCUCUUUGAAUGUACAAUAUGAAAAUGUGUGCACAACUCCUACUAGCAAUAAUAAAGUUGAUUAUAAUUAUGUAAGGUUCCCCAUUUCCACUACUGGAUUAGCUACUCAUUCACUUACAGGAAUAACAGUGGCAGAUUUAUAAACCAAAACCCCUAAAUCAGACUAUUUAUAUUAAGUAUUCACUGUCAACUUACAAUUGGCCACAAACUCUUAAUUAAAUUCCAUCUUAGAUUUAUAUGUUGCAUAUCAACCUGAACUUAUCAAAACAACCACUCACCCAUAUUACAUUGAAAAAGCAUUGUUCUAAACUAUCCAAAAUAUUAGAGAUGACACAACAAUGACCCCUGCCUUGAAAGGAGCAACAUUAACUAAGUUUUGGUAAUUAGCCGACAUCUUCUUGUAAAGAGUCAGAACCUUUAGCAAACACUAUCAGACCAAUUAUUACAUUUUAAAUUUUGCUUAAACUACCUUUUCUAGAUUGUACUUAACUGUUAAUGGCUAAGAACACACAACCACCUUGUCAUGGUUGUCAUACACAAAAAAUGGAUAUGUCUAAGUCAUUUCGUACCCAGCUGUUCAAUUUGGUAUAGCAGCAGCUACUGCGUUCAGUGAUGUUUAUUAUGUCAAAAUUAUUGAUGAUGCAGCAACACCAGCAGCAUUUACUGGUUUAUCUUUGACUGUCACUUACAUUUAUAGUGGCACAACAUUCAGCAUUACCACCAACAACAAAUUAGUCAAAAUAACAGAUAAGGCUGCCGGUACAUAUGUAGAAGAUGCAACAAUGAUAGCAUAUGAUUCUACCAAAUCUGAUACUGGCUCAAAAAAAUUAGCUUAUGCUUUAUCAGGUGGAUCCGAAUACAUAUUUUAUAUUAAAGGAAUUUGA